AUGCCAGCUUCUGCAAGGCGAUCGCAAGAGCAAGAUUACAGAUUAGAGCAAUCGGCGUAUCAAGCAACUUCGCAUCGCAUUAGUACACACUCGUAUGGCUCAGCUUCAUCGCCAAGAAGACCUGCCAUUGCUACCAGCUCGGAUCUCAACAAGCCACUACCGCCAUCACCUUCGGGUUCGCAGACACGAUCUCGUAAACCGACACCGUUGAGUGGCCCCGGCCGCCACGAGGCUCCGACCCAGCUGAACCAAUCCCAUCUUCGGGCCGAGCCUUACCACCACAAUCAAAGCAUGCCCAGUUCGCCCUACGAUCAUAGCCAGUUCCUAUCCGCCAACCCAGCUACAAUUCCACGAGCCCACUCCUCUGCUGCCGACUACUCAGAACCUACGCAGUACCUCCCGUAUUCUAUGUCAUCAGAGCAACAGUCGGCUCGUCCUCAGCAACAGCGCGCUGUUUCUAUGAGCCCCUACUUCGACACGACAGCACCACUCCGAUCUCGCACCCAUCCCGAGCCUACUCUCAGCCCCACAGCACGCGAAAACAUGUCCAUCCGACCACGUCCACAUACGACAUAUCUUUCACCCACAGAGAAUUUUACAGAUAUCACGCAGUGGCAUCUCUUUGCAGAGGCAAUGACCGGGUUACCAACCAACUCAGAGCCUUUUUCGCCUACCGGAACUCCACAGCUUCAAGGCUCGCUCUUCGCUAGACGGAGCGCCAGUGAUACGAUACCCAUUCCGCUUCAAAAUCCGCAACGAUCUUCGCAGAGACUACCAAGAGACAACUGGCAAUACUACGAAUCAUCACGCACAUCGUCACGAGCAGUGACUACACUCAACCACAGCUUACCGGUACCAAAUCCGCCUCGUGUGGCAUACCAGCAGUGGCAACCGCCACUGCACAUGAAUGCGGUCACUUCGGAGCUGCAAAUGCUUGGACUGAACGAUGCUCCCGAAUCCGAUGAUGAGUUACCGGAUUAUCAGCAGAGUCAGGCGGAGAUGGAAGCGAAGAAAAGAAGAGAAGCAUCCGCUCGGGCGAGAGAAUUGGAAGCAAGGUGGAGAGGUGCUCGCGGAUAA